AUGGUUCGUCGGGCCUCCAGUGUUCCGCAUCUGAACAGCAGCGGCGGGAGCAGUGCGGACAGCGCCGGUACGUCGGGCAGUCGACGGGGCCGGGCGCCCGUUGCCGGUUCUCGUGGCAGCCGGAAGGCCCCCUCGUCCACCGGCCAGGGCCAGCGUCAGAGCUCAGGGAGCAGCAGCAGUGUGCCCCGAUCACGUAGCCUGACCAACGGCAUGCGUCGUCUUAGUCCGCAGAAGGGAACGGGCAGCAGCGGAGGGACCGGCAGCGGCGGAGGAGGUAGUUCCCGGAAUACACCUUAUUUUCUACGUUCACGCGAGAAUGAGAUUGGUAGUGCUGACACCCUGGAAAUAGUGGCAUCCAAGUCCACGGGCAGCGAGGAAUGCUCCACGCCCGAAGACAACAUCAAUGUGGUUGUGCGCGUGCGUCCUCUGAACGACAAGGAGAAACGAGAUCGUCAUGGAUCAACACUGCAGUUUCCCGGAAACGGACAGGUUAUCCUUGAGGGUCACGAUGUGGGCCAGAAGAAGUCACAUAAUCGGGACAGUGUUCGAGUCUUCACAUAUAAUGUGGUCUUCGAGCCGGGUGCCACACAGGAGGACAUCCUAGACUACUCUGGUAUCAAGCGCAUUAUAGAGAUGGGCAUUGAGGGUUUCAGCUGUACGGCGUUUUGUUACGGCCAAACGGGCUCCGGCAAAACGCAUACUCUGACAGGACCGCCGGAUUUGUUCAUUGGCAAACCGAAUCCCAAGGAUCCGCGCCAUGGCCUCAUCUUCCGUUCGUUUGUGUACCUCUUCCAAUUGAUUAAGAAUCGCAAGGAUGUCAAUUACGUGCUCAAGGCCUCGUUUAUGGAGAUCUACAAUGAACGGGUAAUCGAUUUGCUCAAUCCGGGAAGUGCAAGGAAACCGCUGGCGGUGCGCUGGUCCAAGAAAUCGGGUGGCUUCUUCGUGGAAAACCUUUUUACGGUGGACUGUGAGGAGUUGGAUGAUCUACUGGCCGUUCUUGAAGAAGGUAUGAGAAAUCGUGCCGUUGGCUCUCAUGCUAUGAACGAUCACUCUUCUCGAUCACACACAAUACUCACCGUCCACAUCCUAUCCGAUCAGCAGACAGAUGGCGGGGUAUUUCUCUCCAAGCAUGGCAAGAUUAAUUUCGUGGAUCUGGCUGGCAGUGAGCUGACCAAGAAGACCAUGAGCGAAGGCAAGACUUUGGAGGAGGCCAACAACAUCAAUAAGAGCCUCAUGGUCCUGGGCUAUUGCAUUGCCUCGCUGAGUGACAACAAGAAGAGAUCGGGUCACAUUCCUUACCGGGACAGCCAGUUGACCAAGCUCCUGGCCGAUAGUCUGGCCGGGAAUGGAGUGACCCUGAUGAUUGCUUGCGUUUCUCCAGCCCAUUACAAUCAUGCGGAAACUCUCAACACUUUGCGCUACGCCUCCCGGGCAAAGAGGAUACGCACCAAACCAGUGAUCAUGAUGGAUCCGCGGGAGGCACUCAUUCUCAGCCUUAAGCGUGACAUACAUGCACUCCAAAUGGAGAACGAUCACUUGAAGGCAGCCCUUAAUCUGCACCAUCAGGCAGCCACGAAUGGUGCCGUUGCCACGGAAAAUAAUCUCUUGGAGUUGCAGUUAGAUCGACUGAGCAGUGGUGGCGGCGGAGUACCCGUUCCCAAAGUGGAUUUGGAACGAUUACCUGAGUUGGAUGGCUCCGAGCUGGCCGAACUGGUGAAGUUGUACAUGGCGGAAAAUGAAUCGUUGAGGCAGGAGAACAACCACCUGUUCACCGUCCGAGAGACGAUCCUCAGGGAUCAGGAGAUCGUGUGCCGGGAGAAUGAGCGUCUGCUAAAAAAGCUCGAGGAUGUGAACAAAGUCUGCGUGCGUUCACCUUUGAUACCGGCACGUCCGGCUAUAUCGCCGACUACAGGAAAGGAGACCCCCGGAACUGAGAUCUGGACCAAUCCUGAGCCUCUCCGAACUCCGCCGGGAGCGCAGCUGCCUUUGGACCAGAGGAUGUCGGAGAAUGCCGAAAAGCGGACACAUACCGCCCAAAAGCGUAUCGAUCAGCAACGCAUAGCUAAAAACAUUCUGAUUAUGGCCAAUGCAUUUCGGAAACCGGACGCAGACUUGGCCAAGGAAUUGAACAUUAAUACGGAAAAAGCGCCGGAAAAGCAAUCAAACAACUUUAUGCCUGACAUGCUCACAUAGAUGCCUUUUUCAAUGGAGACAAAGAGGAUUAUAUAUAUACAUAUAUAUAUUUUUGCAAAGGAAA